GCGAAAUUCUUGUGUUCCUAGCUCCAACAAUACAGUAGUAUCUAAAAACAAUACACACAAACCUAAAAGUAAAAAAAUGGAAUCAAGAAAUAUAUAAAUAUUAGAUCGAGAUGUGGGUUCUAAGUGGGAUAGUUUUCAGCGCUGGAAGGUCUGAUAUUUUUUUUUUCGUUCACUGCUAUAAUAAUGGUUUCAUUCCGUUUGGUUCCUAGUGAAUGCCUCCCAUGUGAUCUACCUUGCAUGGCCAAAGUUCUUGUUGGUCUGUCUUAAUCUUUCUCGCAUACAAGAACAAUUGCGUUCGAAUGAAAUAGAUUUGAUUCUGGGCAUUUUGGUCCGACUCUGAUGGAAUAUCUCAACUUAAUCUUCCCAGAAGAUCAUCAAUUAUGGUCCUGUCAAGCAUGCACAUAAUAUAUUUUGUGUAGUCUUGCCGCAACAUAUGCAAUUCAACGCUGGCUUUUUCCCUCAAAGCUAGUAUGCCAAUUGCAUAACCUGCUAUGAAUCAAUCUACCAAUCUAGUUUUCAAGCAUAUUUGGAGAUUUCCAAGUGGUAAAAGGUGUUCUAACCUAAAUGCAAAUUGAAUUAAGAUCGGCUCUCCACUGUCAAGCUUUCUAGAAUUAAAUUGUUUUUAUCAGUAAUUUGUAUGGUUAAAAAUGCUUAAUUACUUCUGCGGUCCAAUAUUAUCUCAUCAGGAAAACAAAGGUAACUGUCACUAAACGAGACAGACCAAUAGUGGAACAGCAUGUGAAUUCCGCCAACCACUGAUCUUGAUAUACGGCAAACAACACUGAGAAACCAAUCACCGAUGUACACAGCGAAAGCAGCAUGUCCACGGGGCGUGGUCUUUCGCAGAAAAAGGGGUGUUGCCACCGCAGCUCGUGCGAGUUGUUGAUAAAUCGUGACCAGUCUCGGUGAGAACAACCAAUGGUGGAACGCUAAAACACUUAUUGGUGCCAACAUUAGCGAAACAAGACUCCAUUGUGGAUCAUGUAUUGUAACAAUGCUAGACUAGUGGGGGAGAAUCUCAAUUAAAUACCCCUCGCGUCCUCUCUCCUCAAAACCCUUUGCAUGAGCAAGUCAGAGAUCGCUCUUACCUUAUCUUUUGAGAAGGAGGAGAAUGCAAUUGCGAUUUCCCCCUUAGGAUAUGAUUGAGCCAAAAUGGCGAAACAUGUUGACCAGUCGCAUAUGACUCGGGGUAUGUGAUAGCCCUAUUGGUUGAAGCGACAGUGGCUAGGUCCAAUAAGAAAUGCAUUUACUAUUUAGGGUACCCAAUCGCAUCGCAGCUCACAGAAGCUUUUUGGCAAAAAAUACAGGAGUUAGUUUACCAAUAUAAUUGCGGUCUGAUCAACACUGUUGCAAGGUAGCAGGUUGGCUAGCCGCUCUUUUCAAAUAUUUUGUUAACUUAUUUUUUGUGUCAUCCUUUGCAGCAUAACUAGCCCGCUUGUUACUACAGUAUUUGAAUUCGACAAGGCUGUUUUAACGUUGGAUAGCUAGCUACAUUCACUGGUUCGAAAUUUCGAAUAGACCAGACAUCACAUUUUAAAACGGGUUCAUUUCUUUGCUGUGUCGUUAGAUUCACACGCGAGCAAGAAAGCUAUACCCCCCUGUGCGGCUAAGUUUAAACGUACUUUGUUUUUGAAAGCUAUCUACUAAUAACUAACUAGCUACCGGUUGUCAUUUUUACUUUGUCAACAACAAGGCGUGACGUUUGGUUCAAUACUAAUUCUGCCUGCAAGAUUUUUGUUGGUGACUUCCACGAACGUUGGCUAGCAUUUACGUUAGCUUGCCAUCACUGACAGCGAUUGUAACCGCGAGCCAGCAUCAGUCAAGCGAAUUUGACAAAAACAACUUAGCCAAUAAAUAAGCUAUCAAGCUGAUCAGAGCAGUAUCACAGCGAUAACUGACUUCUGUUAUCGAUAAAUUGCCUUGUGGGAGAUAGUAUAUAUCUAGCUUAUUUUAAUAAUUACCAAAAAAACGUAAUUGAACGUGAAGUAGUUAACGUUAACCCACAGAAGUAGUUGUGUAUCCAAAUUCAGACCCGAAUUGUCAUAUUUUUUUCGGUGCUAUUGUUGAAAAUGGCGGCGAUCGAAAUGGUGCAGAUGUUGAUCGAAGCAGCAGAAUACAUUGAUCGCAGAGAAAGAGAAGCAGAACAUGGCUAUGCCUCCAUGUUACCGUUCACCAGCAGCAAAGAGAAGGACAGCUCGAAACGGAAAAACAAAAGCAAGAAGAACUCCAAUAGCAGAUCUACACACAACGAGAUGGAGAAAAACAGACGCGCACACCUACGGCUGUGUUUAGAGCGACUGAAAUCCCUCGUUCCAUUGGGACCAGACUCCAACAGGCAUACCACGCUCAGCCUGCUGAUGAGGGCCAAGAAACACAUUGUGAGGUUGGAGGAGAGCGAGCGGAGAGCCCAGCAUACCUUAGACCAGCUGCAGAGAGAGCAGAGGCACCUGCAACGGCGUCUGGAGCAGCUGGGGGUGGAGAGAACACGCAUGGACAGCACAGGAUCCAUUGUCUCCUCCGACAAUCCUGACUCAGACCAGGAGGAGGAGCUGGAUGUGGAUGUGGAGGGGACUGACUACCUGCUGGGGGAUCUGGAGUGGAGCACCAGCAGUGUCAGUGACUCUGAUGAGCGGGGCAGCCUGCGUAGCAGCUGCAGUGACGAGGGAUACUCCAGCGCCAGCCUGCGCCUGCGCAUGCAGAACCAAAACACUCAGGAGAAGGCCGAGCAGCUGGGCUGCAGCCUAUAAGAGCACAGCCCUCAACCUCUGACCCCAGCCCCCAUCCAAUCCCAUCCCUCUGUCGUCCAGUUAACUCCCGCCCUCCAACCAGUCUCUGCCAAUCAGACCUCACUCCCAGCAGGACUGGCCUGUUCUGACCAAGCCCCUCCUCCUUUCCAACUGUAUUCCACCUCUUUCCCCCCUGAAACCCCCAAUGCAACACCUCUUAGACACACCCACCGUCCUAUCUCAACCGUCCAUCGGCCAACCAAAAUGGAGGAUCAGUCUGUGGCACUGCCCAAUCAGAGCUUUUUGAUGAGUGGGAUUAGGAAGAUAAGACACUCCGUCCGUCCCUUUGUGUCCACCAGCCUGCCCCCUUCCUUCUGUCCUUCCUUCCUGCUCUGCUGUCUGUUUCAGUGCAAGAGCCAAGUAGAGGUGACUGACUUUUCACAUCCAUGCAGUGUCCCCCUUCCAGCGUCCGAAAACUUAAGACAGCUAGAGAAUGUGAUUACAAUACCACACCUACACCCCACUGCCUCUCUCUUGUUCAGAAGCCAUCUGAAGCAAUCCAGUCAUGAUGAGAACCCCUCUCGACCCCCAGCUCUAAAUCCCAUCUCGCCCAUUUCUCCCAUGAGACUGGCCCCUCCAUAGGUGGUGGUCGUAGUACAGACAGCAGAGCUGUGCCACCUGACUAACCAGCUGACCAAUCACAGCAUGGUAUUUUGGAACGGAGUAUAGGAAUGGAUGGUCUUGGUCAAAGAGCUGUGGCGUGGUCAUUUUAAACAAUCUACACUGCAGCUAUUGUAGUAAUGUUAUCAGGUGUAGUCUUUCAGUAAGUCUUUAUGGUAAAUAAUCGUCUACCUGCACUUUCCACGUGAAGCCUCACUGGGAGUUCUACGACGCUAAGCACGGCUGUGACGUCAUCCAUGUUCCACAACCUCUUCGUUGUUGUGGUCGGCAGCAAUACAUCCAUCCCUCUCUUCUCUACCAGGCUUAGCGGCCGGAUACAUACCCCCAUGUUUAUGGCUCUUAUGGGGUGGGGGUUAUUAAGAUGUAAUUUUUUUGUCCACACCUGCCAUUUCAGAAUUUUUAUGAUUUGGGGGGGUAGGAAAAAAACACAUGUGCAGCAUGAGAUUAAGGGGUGGGGUGAUUGGGGUUAAGGCAACUUGUACCUUCCUCUCUCUGAUGACGGUGGCGUCUAGCUUGUGUUUUAAUGUACGUGUCUGUGUUGCUGCUGGUCACGCACUGUAGCCAGUGGUCAUCACUUAAAUGUGUCUGAAGGGAAGUCGCACAGACAGACCGUACAUUAACUGUUGAAAUAAACCAGUAAAGAGAUUAAAGCACAUUCCAUGUUAGAGAGAAAGUAAGGUGUGUUAGUAGAGAAUUACCUUCGCCCAUAUUUAUGAGGGAGAGCGUUUUGCAGUUUUAAUGACAGGAAGGAUCUAGCUAUCAGCUUCAGGUUACCCACAAGCAGAACACAACCGAUUUGCUGACUUGCUUUGCCUUUCAGUCAAAACACAGAACAAGGAAAGUCAACGUCUAUUGAAUUAGAGCAGAAAGGUUACUGUACACUAAAUAUCUGCCUGGCCUAUAGAGCUAUUUAUUAUUUUAGCAAAAUGUAGUCAUGUUUAUGUAAAUAGUUGACACAGAAAGAGCUCUAUGUAUAUUGAAUAAAACAUAUUUAUAUUAUAUCUAAAUAUAUAAAUCUAUUUAAUUAGUUAUCGCUUUAGUUAUGUUAUUCUUGUGAGGUUUUCUAUGUGUGGUUGGUUUGCACAGCAUAGUCAAUCCAUAGCUUUUUAGAACUGUCUUUUGUGCCUAUAGACUUUUGUGUCCUUUCAGAAAUUGGCACGGUGCUCCGAGAAAUGAAUGAAAUGUUUUUUGUGGUUGAUUUAUAUUUUUAAAUAAUAAACAUCCUCUGUCAAUAGGAAAAUAAUUUUAAUUAAUAUAAUAAUAAUAAAAAAAAUGAAUAUAAAAAUGUAUAUAAUUUAAGAGGAGCUGGUGUUGGUGCUUUGGCAUUGCUGUGACGGUGGGAAGCUACAGUGGGGUUUCACCCUUUGUGCCUGAGAGCCUGAAACAAAAUGGCUCCUUGACCCAAGAGAUUAUAACAUAGUGUAGCGAGAGAAGGAAAUGGUGGGUUCAAUAACCUGGAGAGGCUUGCAGUUGCGGUUGGAUGUAGUUGACUUGCCUGUAAUCUAUCUCCUGCGCUGUUGCAGCACAAUGGCGAACCUGGAACCUGUCACAUGCAGAAUCUCGUUAGAAUGGGAAGAUGGUCGAUACACAGACAAAAAAAAUAUAGGAUUAGGGUUGUUUAGUGUCGUUUGUGGAAUGCUGCACUUCUGUGUCACUUAAAAAAAAGGUAUCCAAAAGGAGAGGAACGAUAGCCCUGCCAGAAGGGGAUUGUUGUGAAUUGAGCCCCCGGCUGAGACUGGUGUUAUGGGGCAGGUGUGUGUGUAUGUCCCGUCACUGUCUUCAGAGAGAAACUAUAAGGGUUUGGGAGAGGGAGGGUUGUUUUGAAUGGGGGAUAAAAAUGGCACUUCUAUGGAUGUUUUUAGUUGUUUACAAGUUGUUGUUUUUUUAAAUCCCACCUCUUCAAAGAAGACCUCAUGUAUUAUUAAAAGAUCGAAUGGGAUCUUAAGCACUUACAAAUUCAUAACAUAUUGUAUGAAUUGGAAUUCGUAACAUACGAAUUGAGAAGGGGGAAAAAAAGAUGACGUGCACAAUUUUCUGGGACCCGUUUUGUCUUGAGUGCUACUUUCAAAACUACUGUUUGAAAAUAUAGGAAACCUCUGUGGCAUCACUUUAACCUAAGCAUUGUCUGUUAUUCGGGGGCCACACACUUCUCUGUCCAUGGCCUGUUUUCUGUGUCUUCCACUCCGUGUGUGAAUGUGGCUCCCAUUGAGAAGAGAUCCUGACUAAUUUCUAUGGUGGUUCCCCCCCUUCCUCCCACAUGCUGUUGGCCAGCCACCAUGGUGCAGAGGGAGCCUGAGGGAGUAGACUGGGCUGUUUGUACAGUAUAGCUGCAGCUCUCCUACCUCCCUGUAUUACACUCUAACACCCAUGGUGCUUCAGCAUCUGCCUUGAGCAGGUGUGGAUUCUUAAAGAACAAGCAGAUCACUGCAGUUGGCUUCUGUGUAGUCCUGUGUAAGCUAUAUGGGAUAUCACCCUAGGAAUUAAAAAAACAAACAUGUGUGUGUAUAUUUGGGUUAGGUUCGUACGAAGUGGCUUAAGCCUUAAAACAGACAACUGUAAGAGAACCAUAGUAAAGUAUAUUAUAUAUGAAUGUAUAUAAUGUAAGUAUAGACGUGUUAUUACAAAUGUCAUUAUUUUCAUUGUAACUGUCUCGGGUGUGUUGCUCUCCCUCAUACGCGCACACACGUUGUCAUACACGCACGUCAGAAAAAACGAUGGCUUAAGGGUUGGUUCAACUAUUUAAAAAGGUUGACGUUUUGUGCACUUCCAUUUUAGAAUUGGGGAAUUUGAAUAUUGACUUUAAAAGAAAGCACUUAAACAUUUCGGAGAGAGAGGGAAAAAAUGGGGAAAUGUGGAGCAGUCAUUUAUAUUUGCCAGUGAUAUGAAAGGAAUAAAAUCUCCCAACCUUGUUUACCUAGCUA